ACGUUAGCCAGGCACGCCUGCUUACUGCAUAAGUGCCGCCGUCGAAUGCCAAUUGUAUUCGUAUGUGGUUUAGCUACCAAGUUUUGAAAGAUGUUGUCCAUGUUACAAAGACGUAACAAACUGAGUGCAUGUUCGCUUUGCGAAAACGUACAGCACAGCAACCAAUUCUUAUCAAACAAGAAGUUCAACUGACCUGUACUAAUACUGUGUAAAUGGUAGCUGGUACUACAUUAAAGAAUUUUCUACGAGCUUCCUCAGAUUUUUUUAAGCCACACGCUAACGCUCCAUCCUUAUUUGACCCGUGUAAUUCAGUAAUUGGUACAAUCUCAUUCCCUCUUCCACAUCACGACACCAUCCUAAAUCCAACCAUUGAACCGGAAAGCACAAAAUGAAGAAGCUUCUUCAAAGCUUGAGGAGUCACUGAAUUAUGCGAUGGAUGCCCUCAAUGCGGUUGGAUUAACCCCACUUUCUGUUCUUGCAAAAAGAAAUAAACCAAGAAAAAAUUUAUCACUUGCCUCAUUUCCACCAUUGAAGAACCAAAGUCUUGCCGUUUCUUUAUCAAGAAAUCUUCAAGGUGAAUUAGUCCUUUUGUCUUCGGUUCUUGGUUCCGGGUUCGCGAAGGCAUUAACAUAUGAUGGAGCUUUACAGCAAUCAGUUACCAGGGGAGAUUUUGAUCCAAGUAAAGUUUUUGAUAGUGUGAUCAAUUUUGUUGUGAAGAAUCCCAUUGUUAUUGGCGGUGGUGCGGUGACUUUGGCAGUGCCAUUACUGGUUGCUCAGUUGCUGAGCGAGCCUAAGCCAUGGGGAGUGGAGAGUGCUAAGAAUGCUUAUAAAAAACUGGCUGAUGAUUCCAAUGCUCAGUUGCUUGAUAUAAGAGCACCAGGAGAGUUGAGGCAAGUCGGAAGCCCAGAUGUUCGGGGUUUGAAGAAGAGGUCGGUGGCUGUCGCUUACAAAGGGGAAGAUAAACCAGGCUUUUUGAAAAAGCUGGCAUUGAAAUUUAAAGAACCUGAAAAUACCACUCUGUUCAUUCUGGACAAAUUUGACGGCAACUCUGAGCUUGUUGCGGAGCUGGUAACAGCCAAUGGCUACAAAGCUGCUUAUGCUAUUAAAGAUGGUGCAGAAGGACCCAGAGGAUGGAUGAAUAGUGGCCUUCCUUGGAUACUUCCGAAGAAGACAUUGAGCCUAGAUAUAAGCGGUUUUACAGAUGCAAUUGGUGGUGCUUUGGGGGAGACCUCUGAUGCUGCGUCUUUGACCCUCCUUGCUGCUGCUGCUGGUCUAGGAUUAUUGUCCUUUACGGAGGUGGAAACAAUUCUUCAAGUUUUGGGUUCUGCUGCUCUCAUCCAGUUCAUUAGCACGAAACUCCUAUUUGCAGAGGAUAGAAAGCGAACUCUACAAGAAGUUGAAGAGGUUUUAAACACAAAAGUUGUGCCUAAAGAGCUUGUGGGCGAUAUAAAGCAAAUUGGCAGGGCCAUUUUACCAUCGACUGUGAGUAGCAAGGCUCUGCCGGCCCCAGCUGAGGCAGCCUCUGCUCCCGUUGAUACUAAUGUUCAGAAAUCCGAGUCUAUUACUGAGGUAAACAAUGCUCCACCCGAAAUCAAAGCAUCUCCCGAGCCUACUCCUGAACUCAAUUCAGUUCCCAAAGUAGAAGUUAAAGAAGAAUCCCUUCCUGGAAUUUCUAUGCCACUUUCACCAUAUCCUAAUUAUCCCGAUUAUAAGCCACCAUCAUCACCUAUACCAUCACAGCCAUAGAGAUUGGACGAGUUUAAUGGGAUAUAUAAGGAAUUGAUACAUAGAUUCGUAUUUGGCUGGAAAUCACAUAAUUGUGUUACCAGAGUUGUAGGAAUAUAUAAACCUUGUAGGACGAGGUUUUUGAGCUUACAUCUGUUGUAUUAUGAGAAAUUUCCACGGUCCAUGGUGGAGAGGAUUCCUAGUUUGAUGUUCGUUAUCUCA